UUACAAGGGUGAGUGUUACAAUUUAUUUAUUUUACACGACGUUGGCUCACCUUUUUUUUACGGCUCGACUUUGGCUCAUAUUUGUAGGUAGUGCAGAUUGGUAAUAGUUCGGUAAGCUUUUUUCCUUCUACACCAACUCGUCACGUGCUCUUUAAAAAACACUCAUCAUGUUCUUCUUAAUAAUUCGCCACGUACUCCGUUCGUCUCGGCGUUUUGCUUUAAAAUUUGUUUACAAAAAAGUGUACUUCUAUCUUUCAAUACAUUUUAAAAUAAGUUUUAAAAACUUGCAAUUUGAAGUAGAAAAAAAUAUUUUUUCUCAUAACACGGUAAUCAAGAUCAAUAACAUUAUACACAUGGUUUUUUAAAUUUCUACAUGCACUUAGCGCAUUAGGGAGCAGGGUAAUUAAAGAUGAAAGAGUGUUGGCUUGCCGUUUCAAUGCAUUUUCAUUUCACUUCAUAAUUUGUCCUAAAUUUUCUAUACGUACAUUUCUCAUUAGACGGAAAAAAAUGUGUUUCUCUUGUAACACGGUAAUCAAGAUCAAUAACAUUAUAGACAUGGUCUGAGGAGACAGUGAUGGCUUACCGUUUCAAUGGAUUUUCAUUCCAGUCCAUAAUUUGUCCUAAAAUUUCUAUACAUACAUUUCUCAUCAGAUGGAGGAAGUACUAUAAAUACUGGCCUCGUGACCAGUCCUUCAACUCACCCAACGAACAUUCGAGCUAAGCUUAUCUAGCUCGUAGCCUCUAAAGUUUCGAGUUCCCAUUCCUAGUGCUAGCAAGCUACAAGCAGCAGCAAUGGCGAAAACUUGCACCUUAGUGCUGCUUGGCGCACUGGUGGUGCUCUCACUCCUUGUGAGCCCCAUUGCCUGCUCCGGCAAGCUCGCCAAGGCGGCCGGGCCACACAAGCCUGCUGCAGUCAAGGGCCACAAAAACCAGACGACUAACCCCUCUUCGUCCGCCGCAUACGGCGGCGGCUGGUUGCCCGCCGGCGCCACGUAUUACGGAAACCCUAACGGCGCCGGAAGCGACGGUGGCGCGUGUGGCUACCAGACCGCUGUUGGGCACCGGCCGUUCUCGUCGAUGAUCGCCGCCGGGAGCUCGCCUCUAUUCAUGGCGGGCAUGGGCUGCGGCGCGUGCUAUGAUGUUAAAUGCACGAGCAACUCAGCCUGCUCCGGGAAGCCUGUGACCGUCGUCAUCACCGACCUGAGCCCCGGCAACCUCUACCCCGGCGAGCCGUGCCAUUUCGACAUGAGCGGCACCGCCCUGGGCGCCAUGGCGAAGCCUGGCAUGGCCGACAAGCUCCGCGCCGGCGGUGUCAUCAGGAUGCAGUACAAGAGGGUGCCAUGCAAGUACCCUGGCGUGAACAUUGCAUUCAGGGUGGACCAGGGCUCCAACCCCUUCUACUUCAAGACCCUGAUCGAGUUCGUCGGCGACGACGGCGACCUCAAGGCCGUGGCCCUCAAGGAGGCUGGAAGCGGCGCCUGGACGCCAAUGGCGCAGGACUGGGGCGCACUGUGGCGCCUCAACAACGGCAGGCGGCUGCGCGCCCCAUUCUGCCUCAAGCUCACCUCCGACACCGGCAGGGUCCUCGUCGUCAACAACGUCAUCCCCGCCAACUGGAAGGCCGGGGCCACGUAUCGCUCCCUGGUGAACUACCCCUAAGUUACACCCAUAUUUAUCUGCUCCGUGUGUGAAUUUUAUACCUCGAAAAGAAAGACUGUGCGUCCGGGUGCUGCGAGAGGCGGUCUCGGAUGAGGAGGGGCAUACGGAACUGUGAUGUUCCCUCCCUGGUCUCUGCAUUCCCCUAGUGAUGUAUCAUGUGUGCAGUCCGUCUGGCUGUAUUUUUCUUUAUAAGAGGAAAACUUGCUUCCUCUUACUAAAAUUUGCACCGUCAAGUUCAAUACUCCGAAAUGAAGUUCUUCCAAUAAGAACUUAUCUCUACUCUUAUAAAAAACAGAAUUGGUGA